AUGGUCACCGCGUCCCAGCUCUCCCCGCUCAAGGGCGAGGCGCAAGUCGAGAAGAAGCCCGUCAAGUUCAGCAAUUUGCUGCUGGGAGCCGGGCUGAACAUGUUCGAGGUCACGACGCUCGGGCAGCCGCUGGAGGUCAUGAAGACGACCAUGGCGGCGAACAGGACGGAUGGUAUGAUGGGGAGUGUGAGUCGGAUUUGGGCUCGGGGUGGGGUUUUGGGGUUCUACCAAGGCCUCAUCCCCUGGGCCUGGAUCGAAGCCUCCACCAAGGGCGCCGUCCUCCUCUUCGUCGCCAGCGAAGCCGAAUACUACGCCAAACGCGCCGGCGCCAACAACUUCGUCUCCGGCAUCGGGGGCGGCAUGGCCGGCGGGUUGGCACAGGCCUACGCGACCAUGGGCUUCUGCACGUGCAUGAAGACGGUCGAGAUGACGAAGCACAAGGCCGCGAUGAAAGGGGAGAAGGUGCCGGGGACGAUGGCGACGUUUAUGGAUAUUUAUCGCCGGGAGGGGAUCAAGGGGAUUAACAAGGGGGUGAAUGCGGUCGCGGUGCGGCAGGUGACGAAUUGGGGGAGUCGGUUUGGGUUGAGUCGGGUUGCUGAAAACGGCAUCCGCAGCGUCACAGGCAAAGACGAAAAGACCAAACUCUCCGUCCCCGAGCGCAUCCUCGCCUCGGCCCUCGGCGGCGGCCUCUCCGCCUGGAACCAGCCGAUCGAAGUCGUGCGCGUGGAGAUGCAGUCGAAGAAGGAAGACCCGAACCGCCCCAAAAAGAUGACCGUGGCCAAUACCUUCCGCUACGUCUACGGCACGAGCGGUGUGAAGGGGCUGUAUCGCGGUGUGGCGCCAAGGAUCGGGUUGGGCGUGUGGCAGACGGUGUGUAUGGUUGCGUUGGGGGAUGUUGCCAAGGAAAUGGUGGAGAAGGCGACGGGGGAGGCGGUCACGGCGAAGCAUUGA